UUGAACGUCUGAAGCUCUCUUCGAGAGAAGGUGCACUCAGUGUUAGUGUAUCCACCAUGUCAGGUGUGCAAUCCAAAGCUGCCAGGCUUCAAAGGGAGCAGAAGGAAAAGCUGUCAGUAGACAGGGAGAAGAAAAUGGCCACAUCUCUGUGUUUAGAGCACAAUGAAGUACCGGCAUCCAUGAUGAAGCAGUUUAAUGCUUUAUUGGAAAUGCAAGAGGCGAUGUUUGCAGAGAUGAGAGAAACCUAUAAAAAUGAUAUAAAGGAAAUGCUGUUAAAACGUACAGCACCUUGGGUGAAGCAUUUGGAAGAGCGGGUAGGCCAGCAAGAAGGAGAUGCAGUCUCAGAAAGGCCAAAGCUAGGAGAGAAAGUGGAAGAGGAAAGUUCUGGAACAGACGAAGAUCUGACUGUGAGAAGAAAGGAGAAGAGUAAGCUGGGUAGGAGGCAGGACACAGCUAAACAACUCAACGGCAACCAUGUGGUGAAACCAUCACUAGAGAGAGCGGGAGAAGUCCUGCCUGGUGAACGCGGCAGGUGUAGAGAGAGCAGGGGCCUUGUAGACUUUCUAGCAGGGGAGAACAUGAACGCGGAUGAGAAACCUGCCAGAAAACCCGGCUGUCAGAAUGAAGAGAACCGUCUAAAGGACCCCAAAGAGAACCCGCCGGAAGAGGGAGCCGGCGCCACGCUGCGGCUGGCUGCUGACUUCUCCGCAGCUACGCUGGACAUCAGCAGGCAGUGGGGCCAAGUCUUCCGCCUUCUCAAAGAAAAGGACUUGGAGCCUGAGCUGCAGUGCUCGGUGAAGUUGGCAUUUAAGUGUGAUGGUGAGGCAAAGAUCUUCUCAGACCUUCACAGCCUCCGGCAAUUUACCAGCAGAAAGCCUUUUCUGAAAGAGUUACUGAAAGAUGUGUUCCCGCAAAGUGAGACGAGAAAUGAAGGAGGAAGGAGAAACGAGCUUCAAGAAAGAUUGGGUAAAACUCUAGGAGACACGAAGCAUGAAGCUAGAAGACUAGCAAGUAACAGUCUGAGCUUCCCAUUCAUCAAAGAGGUAAAAGUCGCUAGCCCAGAGGUGAAGACUUACGAAAAAGAAACACUGGACCAGAAGGAUAAAGAAACUCUCAAGAAGCAAGAUAGGGAAGAAGAAAUCUCAGAGAUACAGGGAGAAGAAACUUCAGAGGGAGAGGACUCAGAGUUGGAGGAGGAAGAGGAUUCAGAGUCAGAAGAGGAGGAAGAGGAUUCAGAGUCAGAAGAGGAAGAAGAGGAUUCAGAAUCAGAAGAGGAGGGAGAAGACUCAGGGGAGGAGGAAGAAGCCUCUGUUCGAAAUGAAGCUCUGGGUUCAACCUUUCAGGGUCUUGCUGUGGCAGAAGAGCAUGGUGGUGAGAAAAUCACCAGGACUGCUGAGGAGAUUGGUUUAAUUAGUUUGGUAGUAGAUUCUGAAUCAGAGGAAGAAGUGAACAGAAAAACGUCUUCCCAGACUAAGAAAAAGGAGACCUUCCAUGGACUUAAAGAACUUUCUUUUAGUUACCUGGUUUGGGAUUCUAAGGAAAAAAGGCUGGUGAGAUGGCAGGAGGGAGGAGCAGCUGCUGUGUCCAGUCAAAGGACUGGGGUACCUUGUCUAACCUUAUAUUUGGGUUCUCCAUCAGAGUUUCUAGGGGCAGGUAGAGAUGGUCCUAAAAACCGUUCCUGUACAAAGUUGAGUGCUCUGUCACAAGCCACUCCACUUUUAGUGAACAUAGAAAAAGGGAAGUUCAAGCCACUGCAAAUGGAGGAGCUAGUGGCCAAAGAAGCAGACUUGGUCCAUGAAACUGAAGAAAACUUUAGAAGAGGCGUGCUCAGUGUUAUCAGACAGAUGCAAAGGGAGGUCGAAAAUAUCAAAAACCUUUACGUUUUCGAUGUCCUAAAGAUGAAAAGUUCAAUGGAUGAACUGAAUUCCUUAGCGUGCACGAUUGAAGCAAGGGUGAACGAACAGGAAGAUGCUGUGGAGGGAUUGACCAAGGAGAGAGUGCAGUUGGCCAAGGAGAUCAUUGAUAAAGAAAGGCUAAGAGAGAGGGAGGAUAGAUUGCGAGGCUCCAACAUCCGAGUGAUAGGAAUUCCAGAGAAGGAAAACUGGGAGAAUGGAGCGGUAGACAUAAUUAAGGAAGUACUUGAAGAGAACUUUUCUGAGCUUGAAGACCAGAAUCUGGAGUUCAUCAGUGCUCACCGAAUCCCCAAUUCAGUGGAUGAACACAGACUCACACCUAGACACAUCUUGGUGAAGUUUUGGAAUGCUGGUGAUAAGCAGAGAAUCCUAAAAGCUUCCAGAGCAAAAAAAGAGAUAACCUACAGAGGGUCCAAGAUCAGAUUGACAGCUGACUUAUCACCUGGUACUAUAGAUGCAAGGAGUCAGUGGUCCGAUAUCAUAAAAAUUCUGCAAGAGGAAGGCUUUCAACCGAGAAUCCUUUAUCCUGCCAAACUGGCAUUCGAUUUUAAAGGUAAAACCAAGGUAUUUUUUGAUAUUGAAGAGCUCAAGAAGUUUAUCUCUGAUAUACCCUAUUUGAAAAAACUGUUGAACAGUAUACAUUAGCAAUCUGGAGUGCUCUCUGUCCACCAAAAUACACCUAAAACCAAGUAGAGUUGGACAGUGCACCAUCACCUUUCUGUCCUGAAGGGUGGACAGCUGGCUUUUUCCCCCUAGGGAAAGGGGCAGGGGAAUCAGCAUCACUCCCUGAAUGUUGGUUGAGUUUAGACAGCGUAGGCAGCUUUUCAGUGACUACCUUGGUAAGGAGACAUCUUGUCAGUGUGACCACACAGGGAAAAAUACUAGAGGCCACAGUGGGAUGGGAAAGGACACAGUAAGUUAGAAGAGACUGCCAGGCUGAUUGACUCAACGCAUUAUGUUACUUUAUUAUUUGCCAUUAUAUAUUAAAGCUUGAAGUUUGAGUUUG